CGAGCUUCUACUCUAAACAUCAUUUAAUAUCGAUUCAGACUAUUAUUUGACAACCCCUAAAAUCGCAUAAUAGCCAAUUGACCCUAGACUCGCCAAGAUGUUCAAGAGAGAAAUAACCGCCGCGCCCAAAUCCAAGCUAAAGUCGUCGGUCCAACGAUCUUUGCGCCAGUCCUUACUGUCGACAUACCCGCUGUUAAACCCCUACAUCGAUGAGAUCCUACCGAAGAAAGGGUCGCUCGAGGCCAUGAAGCUUCCCGAUCGCUGCACACUGUACGUGUUAGACUCCCAGCCGCUCUUCUUCCAGCAGGAUACGACAACGCUGCUACCGCACCUACGCCUCGUCCACCGCUUCCCAGACGCCUUUCCUAGUAUACGCAUAGACCGCGGAGCGAUUCGCUUCGUAUUGUCCGGAGCCACACUCAUGGCGCCCGGUCUGACAAGCGCUGGCGGCAGAUUACCCAGCGGCGUCAGCACCGAAGAGGGGAAGGAGGGUCUAGACGAAGACGAGAGGUGGACCAGGGAGUUGGAGAAGGGAGAGCCCGUGGUGGUCCGAGCCGAGGGGAAGCUCGAGGCAUGCGCCGUGGGAUUCUUGGUCAUGGGCACCAAGGAGGUCAAAGAGAAGGGUAAAGGUCCCGUUAUCGAGGAUGCGCACUAUCUGGGCGAUGGGUUAUGGAGGCUCACUACGGACUAGAGUGAGUCGCGGUGGAGUGUAGUCGAUUUGCUGGUUAAGCGAGUAUCAUUACAUGAGGCACGUGCACUGGUCCGGGGGUCUCGAUGAAGCUCUCUCAGUUGUGAGAAGCGUUACUAUCCGAGGAAUUCGUACUACUAGGGCCAAUUAUAUUUACAUACAAUUCUAUGAAGGUUCUGAAGAGGCGAAGAGAUCAGAAUAUGAAAGUGAAUCAGAGGUAUUUUUAUUAAUUGCAUUUCGAUGGGAUAUGGUUCCGG